CUCAACAAGUGGAAACGCUACAAAUUCGGUUCUCUUACGUCGUGUGUGCAGUGGCAGAGUUUGAAUCCUUCAUUUCUUUCGAUUUUGCUACCAGAUUUUAACGUAUCUGAAAGUGAAUUGGAUAGUAGAGUCUUUUCGUAUCACAGAUUUGUAUCACCAUAGUCAUCUAAUAGUCUUUCGUUGGCUGGAUUUUGACCGAUAUCAACAACAAGUUUGAUACAGCAUUAUUAAAGCAUUAUUGUCAUCAGUAUUUGCUUUUGUCAAUUUUCAAAACUCAUACCUGAAAGGUUCUGAAUCUCGAACAUAAUCUUAUUGAUUAAAAUUCAUAUUUGAAAUCAUAACUUCAACUGAUAGCUGGAAAUUUCAUUACUAUAAAUCACAAUAUAAAAUUUCAUAAGAUGCAUUCCGUCAGAAACAACCUCUUGAGAUCGUCCAGACGUUACCUUUCGGCCUCGAUGAGAAGAGCUGCUGAGGUAGAAGUCACCGUUGACGGCAGAAAAGUGCUGAUUGAAGCUGGCUCGUCGAUUAUCCAGGCUGCUGAGUUGGCUGGUGUAACUAUUCCUCGUUACUGUUACCACGAGAAAUUGGCCGUUGCUGGUAACUGUCGUAUGUGUCUUGUAGAUGUUGAGAGAAUGCCAAAGUUAAUUGCCUCGUGUGCCAUGCCUGUUCAGAACGGCAUGGUGGUCCAUACAGACUCUGAAAGAAUCAAGAAGGCCAGAGAAGGUGUCACCGAGAUGUUGUUGGAAAAUCAUCCUUUGGAUUGUCCUGUGUGUGACCAGGGUGGAGAAUGUGAUUUACAAGAACAAUCACAGAGAUAUGGAUCAGACAGAGGCAGAUUCAAGGAGUUGGUAGGUAAGAGGGCCGUAGAAAACAAAGCCAUUGGUCCCUUAGUCAAAACUUCGAUGAAUAGAUGUAUCCAUUGUACCAGAUGUGUCCGUUUCAUGAACGAUGUCGCUGGUGCUCCAGAGUUUGGAACAGCUGGUAGAGGAAACGACAUGCAAAUCGGAACCUACAUAGAGAGAAACAUCAACUCCGAGAUGUCGGGUAACAUUAUCGACUUGUGUCCUGUUGGUGCCUUAACUUCCAAGCCAUACGCUUUCAGAGCCAGACCUUGGGAGUUGAAGAGAACUGAAACCAUCGAUGUUUUCGACGCUGUAGGUUCAAACAUCAGAGUAGAUGCCAGAGGUAUUGAGGUAAUGAGAGUUUUGCCCAGAUUGAACGACGAAGUCAACGAAGAGUGGAUCUCUGACAAGUCCAGAUUUGCAUGCGACGGUUUGAAGACCCAACGUUUGACUUCUCCUUUGAUCAGAAAUGGCGACAAGUUUGAAGUCGGCACCUGGGACGAAGCCUUAUCUACUAUCGCUGCCGCAUACGCCAAGAUUGCACCAAAGGGCGAUGAGUUGAAAGCUAUUGCUGGUGCUUUGACUGAUGCCGAGUCCAUGGUGGCACUCAAGGACUUGGUCAACAAGUUGGGAUCAGAAAACACGACAACUGAUGUCAAACAGGCUGUAGAUGCUCAUGGCGUGGAUAUCAGAUCCAACUACAUCUUUAACUCGACCAUUGAUGGCAUUGAAGAUGCAGACCAGAUUUUGUUGGUUGGUACCAAUCCAAGACACGAAGCUGCUGUGCUCAACACCAGACUUAGAAAAGUGUGGUUAAGACAAGAAUUGGACAUUGCCUCUGUAGGCCAGGAGUUCGAUUCGACCUUCAAGUUGCAACACUUGGGUGUAGACGCCAACGCUUUAAAGCAGGCCCUUGCUGGAGAUGUAGGAAAGAAGUUGUCUUCUGCUAAGAAGCCUUUAAUCAUCGUAGGUUCUGGUGUCGCAGACUCUGAAGACGCUUCUGCUAUCUACAAGUUGGUAGGUGAAUUCGCAUCCAAGAACACCAACUUCAACUCUGCUGAGUGGAAUGGUGUUAACUUGUUGCAUCGUGAGGCUUCUAGAGUUGCUGCCUUAGACAUUGGCUUCCAGACAUUAUCACCUGAAACGGCUAAGACAAAGCCUAAGUUCGUCUACUUAUUGGGAGCAGACGAAAUCUCCAACAAGGAUAUCCCCAAGGACGCUUUUGUUGUCUACCAGGGCCAUCACGGUGACUUGGGAGCCUCUUUUGCUGAUGUAAUCUUACCUGGCUCUGCUUACACUGAGAAAUCUGCCACCUACGUGAAUACUGAAGGUAGAACCCAGGUUACACGUGCUGCUACCAACCCUCCUGGUGUUGCCCGUGAAGACUGGAAGAUUGUCAGAGCCUUGUCCGAAUACUUGGAUGCCACUUUGCCCUACGACGACAUUGUCUCUGUAAGAAUCAGAUUGGGUGAAAUUGCACCUCAUUUGGUGAGACAUGAUGUCAUUGAGCCAGCUUCCAGUGACAUUGCUAAGAUCGGUUUCGCUGCCUUAGUCUCAAAGAACAAGAGUGCCACCAUCUCUGGAACACCUUUGAAGAACCCAAUCGACAACUUCUACUUCACUGAUGUCAUCUCCAGAUCUUCGCCUACUAUGGCCAGAUGUAUUUCUUCUUUUGGUGCCAAGGUUGACAAGAUUACCGACGACAAACCCGACAUCAACUUCUAAACGCCAUCCACUUCCAACCAUCAACCCUAAACACACAUUCCUGUUUUUAUUGUUCUUGCAUAUUCAUAUUCAUCGUGUUCAGCGGAACAUGCUCAUGACGUCUUUGACGACACCAAAACCACCUUCUAACGUUGAACGCUGAAAAGUUGUUAAACUAUUUAUUCAUUGAAGAUGUUCUUUUUCCCUAUUUGUUUCAUAGGCAUACAUAUACAUAAUAUUAGA